CGAGAACAUCAAAAAUGGCUUUCAAGACUGUUGUCCUGUGUGUAGUUGCCCUUAUGGUCCAGAGCAUCGCUGCUCAGAGAGGCUGCGGCUGCCAGUGCCAAUCCAUCAGCAUCCCCAGCAGCGGCGGUGACCUGCUCAUCACCGCGCUCGGCCCCGUCACCCCGUCCGGCAUCGCCGUGGCCACGGACCUGAGUCUGUCCGGCGACCUGGAUCUGUCCGGCGCGCUGCCGUACCUGAGCGCCGUGGCGUUCGAGGGCCAGUUCCCCACCAGCGGCUCCGCGCCGGUGUGCUACGGCUGCGGGGACAGUGUCGCCAUCACGCAGCAAAUCGGCGGCAAUUCUGGAUACAGCAGUUGUGGAUGCCGUCGCUAAGUUUGAUAUGAUAUUUUUUACGAUUAUGCUGAAUAAAAACAACAUCUUUA